AUGCUUUACAGGCUUCUCGCCCUCUUCUACCUCUUUGUCCUCACCGCCCUCGGCCUCCGAGUAACCCCUGGUUCUCCGUGCGAAGAAAAAUGUGGUCCGGUAACCACGAACACGACGGGCGCUGACGUUGUCUGCCGUGAUUAUGAGUAUUCACGCAAACCGGAAGGAGUCGUUUUUCAAGACUGUGUUAAGUGCGAAUUGCGCAGCACUUUCGAGCAUAGAAGAUCAUACCAAUCAGAUUUGAAAUGGGGAUUGUACAACCUCCGUUACGCAUUCUCGAGUUGCAUAUAUGCCUUCCCAGUAUCCAAGCAGUCGUUGUCGACACCAUGUCAAGUGACAUGUGAUUCAUUGAUGGAUGCUGUCAAGUACCAGUUGCUGAAUCCUGUUCCUCAGGAAGCCUAUGAUUUCUGCGGCAUGGAUAGUUUCUCAGACGAUUUUGUGACGAAAUGCGCUCUGUGUUACUCGCUCACCGAUGACGAGAAGUUGAUAGGAAACUUCAUUGAAGCUAUAAGAGAAGGCUGUCACUCCAAAGUACCAUCGGGACACGAAUUCAUUAUCGAUCCUGAUCGCAUCUUUAAUACUACCCUCCUUCCUCCGAGCACUGAAUCCAUUGCUCCUCCAGGCACUGAACCCAAAGGGAAAAAAAAUCUAGUCCUUGUGAUUGUUCUCCCGAUUGUCGGGUUCUUACUGCUUUGUCUGGUAUCGUGCUUCUGCUGCUUCUUUUAUAUCCGACGACGACGUCGGAAGGCCCGCCAAAGUAGCCAUGCGGGCCACCUCCACGAAAGAUGGAAUGACACAUCCAUCAUGACGCCUGUUGGAGGCGGGCUCCGACAGAUCUGGGGUGAGACGUCGCCUCAGAUGCAUCCAGCCCAAGCUUAUCAUUAUAAUCCGGCAUCUCACAACGGGUAUUAUGGCGGCGAACAAGAUAUCAAGUACCCACCCGAGGUGUAUCAGAUGGGCCCGGUCUCUUCUCCCCCGGAUGAUACCAAAAAAGCAGAAUUCGUGACCCCCACAGUACCAACACUUUCGGCCCCUCCUCCGGGGCGCAAGUCGCUCUCUACUGAUCAGUGA